AUGAACAAAUCAUCGGGACGGGUAAUGGCGUGGAACGUGUUCAAGUUCUGCACGCCACUGCGUGCCCUUGGUUCUAUCAUGAUCCUUGUGGUCCUUGCAAUCAUCGGCGUCACCUACUACUCCGUUGUCGUUGUCAAUUACGGUCCCGCUCUUUUUCACGGUGGCCGCGAUACUGUCGUGUCUCUUGCGGUCUUGCUCUUGUUUCAUUUUCUGUUGGCUAUGCUGUUAUGGAGCUAUUUCUCAGUUGUCCUGACUGAUCCUGGUGGUGUUCCCCGGAAUUGGAGGCCGCCAAUGGAUGAGGAGAGAGGUGAUACAGAUCCAUUGGUGGGCGCACAAGAUGGGCCCAUAGGCGUAGACUCAAAUCAGUUUCCUAUGCCUGGUGAUGCUGCAGGUCAGAAAACAAGGUUAUGUCGGAAGUGCAACCAAUUUAAGCCACCUCGCUGCCAUCACUGUUCUGUUUGUGGAAGGUGUAUAUUGAAAAUGGACCAUCACUGCGUGUGGGUUGUCAACUGUGUUGGGGCCAUGAAUUACAAACAUUUCCUUCUUUUCUUGUUGUUCACAUUUCUCGAGACAACUCUUGUUACUUUGUCAUUGUUAUCAGUUUUUAUAGCAUUUUUUACCGAUGGUGAGAUAUCUGGAACAGCUGGAACUCUUGCAGCCACUUUUAUCUCAUUUGUGCUGAAUUUAUCAUUUGCGUUGAGUUUAUUGGGCUUUCUUAUUAUGCACAUGAUGCUAGUGGUGUCAAAUACCACUACUAUUGAGGCAUAUGAGAAGAGAACAAAUUCAAAAGGGUAUUAUGACCUUGGUUGGAAGAAAAACUUUGAGCAGGUUUUUGGAAGAGAUAAGAGAUACUGGUUAGUCCCAGCAUAUUCAGAAGAUGAUUUGCAACAGAUGCCAGCACUUCGAGGUUUUGAAUAUCCAACAAGGCCUGACUUGAAUGAGCUCCAGCAGCUCUAAAAAUCUUGUUUAUAUGAGUUCCGGCAGCACAAAAUGCAGACGAUACAAGUGCCAAAGUUACCCUUGGAGCCUGUUCAUCAAUGGAAACAUGGCUCGCAUUGAACCACAAUGGGUUCACCUGGCUCCCCCUGUAUGCACAAACAGAACAGCUCUGCUGCAUGGAAGGCCUAUCCACAAACUUUCAUGCCACCUGGAUGUGCUGGCAUGGAAGUUUCUUGUAAAAUCUUGAGAGAGGAUUAAUUAUACAGACUCCAUACGUACCAUUAUGUGUUGUCAAAUUGUUGUCUUCCCUAUUUUCCUAUUUUAUUAUGUAAUGAAGCAUCUUUGUAAUUGUGCCUUCAGUAUUAUGUAAUCAAGAGACAUUCAUAAAAUUGUUUUUAGAUUGUUAAUAAGUUCAUGUAAUUAAAGGUGUGUGAAAGAUAUUUUAGUUCUUUUUA